AUGGCCCGAAGUGCACGCUACGUAAGUGUGAUGGCCUCGCUACUUCAGCAAUUGCAGCAUGUUUUGCAGCCGUGGGAUGGGCUGGGGGAGUUCGAUUACACAACAUCGGCGUUGCUUUCGACUGAUAGGGCUGGUGACAGCCGCAGUGAUGUUCAAAAGAAUUCUUUUGCUUCGGCAGAGGGCGGGGCCACUGCUGGUGGUGGAGGUAGUCGUUCCGCACGGUUUCCUGCCAUUGCGAAUGGUUCUCUGUGGGGCGCUGACAUGGAGAGUGCGUGUGAGGGGGGUGAGCUUUCUGUACCUCCUCGGCGGCCUACGGGCUCAAUGUCUCAAACCGGACACGCCCACCGCCGGGACAUUGUGACAAAGUUGGAGUUGGCCCGUGCAGCCUUGGCGCUCUUCACAUCCAAUGCUGGGAUGUAUCGUCCUGUCUUGGGUAAAACACUUGGCUUUGUAUUUGAACUUGUAGAUGAGCUCUUGCAGGAGAACGCGCAGCUCCGCGAAUGCCAGGUUUGGGGGCAGCAAAGCCAGCAACGGCAACGGGAGUUGGGAGAAGCAGAUGCGGCUGAAGUGGCCGCCGUCCAUGAGAAGAUGCGUGUGAUGGAGGCACACAUGGCGAAGCUAGUAGAGGAGUCUUCUACACAACGUGACCACCUGAAGGCAGAGAUCGCCGCCUGUCACGAAAGGGAAAAGAAACUUGAGAUGCUACUGGAACACCAAAUGAUGCUGACCCACGCUUCUGGACUCCACCUAGACGGCUCAACAAUUAUUGGCAAGGGUCUACGUGACGCGGAGUACGUGCGACGGCUCGUUGCUCGCGCCAUGAAUGAGAAGGCGUUGGACGACCUGCAACAAGAGUUGGAGGCCUUAGUGGCAGAACAGGAACAACUAAGGAAGCGAACUCAUGAUCUUCUUGAGCUCAACGGUAUGUACGCGAGGCAGAGCAUUGCGCUCUCUACUCGACUUUCAAUCCUUGGCGAUUACAACGUUGCAAUUGCGGUAGAAACGCAGAAGAUAAAGAACGAUUUUAUCAUUGAGAAGCGGAAAUGUGAAAAAUACCGACUUGACCUUUUGGCACUCCGCAAUGUAGUGAUGGCAUCGUUUUCAAACCGAAAUGAAGUCCAACGGCAUUGGGCUGAUAUUCGGAACAGGCAGUUGGAGAAGGAGGCAGAAACAUUACUGAAACUGAGAGCGGUGCGACCUCCCAAUAACACUGGAAAGGAAAGGGACGACAUGCCAGAGACGACCACCUCCAGGGUUCAUUCGCCUAUUCGCUCAGUGGCUGUCUCUCUAACCCCCUCCAGGGUUCAUUCGCCUAUUCGCUCAGUGGCUGUCUCUCUAACCCCCUCCAGGACUCAUUCGCCUAUUCGCUCAGUUGCUGCUUCUCGACCGCCUGAUGAGCGCUGCCAGGCCCCUGCUUCCACGUUCCUGCAGUCCACGCCCCUGCAUGUGCCAGGGAUGGGGUGCGGUGCCCACGUACCCGGGCACCUCCGUACAGCCAAUCCGGUACGUGCAUUGCGUAUCGAUCCAAUUUUUGUGGAGCGCCAGGUCUGCAUCCUUCUGUGGGAGUGGCGCAAGCAGGGAAUGGAGGAGCCGUUGGAUACUUUUACGCGGGACUAUUUCAUCAACUUUCUUCAAUCCGGCGAUGAGGGUGGUUCUUCUGUAUCGGGCGGGGAGUGUGGGGUGGGGUCGCUUGAGGAGGCUCAGAAGGGGCAAUUGCAGCUUUCAUAUGCCUUUGAUGAGGUUUCCCGAAGUAAGUUUUGUGGGCCCUUAACUCGCGCGUACGGGUUGGUGACACGAAAGGAGGUGAACAAGAACCUUAUCCGUAUGCUGGAGCUGGAUACCUCGAUGUUGUUGGCAAUUUUCCGCUUCUUGGACUUGAAGCGAAAUGGGUGGACGAAGCCCUCGGGUAUCGUGCCUGUUAUGGAGUUCGCCAACGUGCUAUGUGCCAUGUAUCCCUCCUACCCACUAGAUACCAUCAAGGAGCUUGUUGACGCGGCAGUGGGGCUGGGGGGAAGUGCGUCUGAAUUCCCUGGUCACUUGUGCUACGACGUCUUGCUUCCUGAGCGUCUUUUCAUGGACUCAGAGGCGAUGCUUGUGGAUGGGUUUGGUGCAUCCCCCCAGAGCGGAUUCGUCCACCUAUUUAACUAUUUGAUCUUGGGUGAUGUUGAGGAUUCGUGGCGAAGGAUCGAAGAUAGUUUUUUCUUCCUGCAAAGCCCGACGGGGUUGGUGAGCGAGCAGUCGCUCUUCUACCGGGGCUUCAGUGAGCUUCCCGAGGUUCCGGCCAUCAUAUGGACACCGGCGCUACGGGCCGUGCUCUCUUCCUGGGAGGUGCUGAAGGUGAACCGCGGGCCGCUAGAUCUCAUUGAGGUUCUUUGCGUAUCGCUUCCCGCAGCGUUAGAAUUUCUCCGCUGCAGUACGAUACCGCGGCGGGGCACACACCCAACAAGGACUUCUUUGCAUGAGUCAUACAUAAACGACUUGUAUAAGGAUUUGAUAGAGGUCAACCCGCGACUGGGAAGGGGCCCACCGCCGAGUUAUUAUGCAUCUCUGGUUCGGAGAUUGGAUUCCCAGCGCCACGCCGUGUGGGGUCCUCAAGAUGUUCACGCCGGUGACAGCCUCCGUUAUAUGAGCGACAAAGAGUCGUUAACGCCCGGUUCGCUAUUGGAGCGGCUGAUGGAAGCGCACCGCAACUCCGAGAACUCCCCUGAGAAUUUGCGGUCGGGUAGAGCUUUGCCACCAAGGAGUGAGGAGGUAGUUGCUUAG